CCUGUGCCGACUGCCCCACCGCUCGCGGUUCAAGCUCGAACUUCCCCGCCAGAGGGGCCAACCUCGCCCCGUGGACCUUCAUCCACCCACGGGUACCGACACCGAAAAGCUUAAACUCUCAGCAGCUCGCGACAUCCAUCUCCGUGGUCCCGUCGAACCGCCGUCGACACUCCCCACCCCCCGCCCCCCGCCCCGCGCGACUCGAUGCCAGAACAUGCCGAGGCCAUCGCACCCGUCUGCGACCCUGGGCCUCCCAUCGACCUCGACCACGACCUCGACGCCGUCGCCGCUGCACCGCCUGCCCGUCAACCCGCGCAGGAAGAAGGUUGCGCCCGACGAGCGCAAGCGUGUGGCCACCGCUUGCAAUAGCUGCAAUGUGCGCCGCAUCAAGUGCAGCGGCGAGCGGCCGUGCCGCCAGUGCACCACCUCCCAGCGCGAAUGUCUCUAUCCGGAGCCCAUCGAGCGCGUCACCAUCCCCCGGGCCGAGCUGGAGUCCUUGCAGCGCCGGUGCGCGUCGCUCGAGCGCCAACUGGCCGCGACUGAGCGAGGCGGGCAUCUGCCGGAAGCUGCCCCUCAGCAACCAGGCAGCGCCCCCUCGGCCCAGUCCCUCGCCAACGCCGGCCCCGCCGACCCGCGGCUCUCCCUGGGCGACGCAGACGCGCGGCGCCCCAACCCGCCCGGCGGCAUCGACGGGAGGAUGCUCGCCGACCCGACCGGUACCCCGCGCUACCUCGGCGAGACUUCCGGGGCGACCUUUCUGGAUACGCUCAAGGAACUCAUCGUGACGGUAACCCCGCUUGUCCGCGUGCUUAACCGCCGGUCCACCGACGCCCCGGCUGGCGCCGCUUUCCUCGGAUCCGUCGGCCAGUAUCAGACCCAUGACUCGCGCCCGUUGAUGCUGCCGGAGGACGUCAAUCCCCUGGCUCUGCCGCCCGAAGCUGACGUCGCCGCUGCCUUGUCCCAGGUCCGCUACUUCAUCCAGGAUGGCAGCGGCGCCUUUGCGAGCGGCGGCAUCAUGUUCUGGCCCUUCGAGGAUGCGCAGAGCAUUCUCGCGCUUGCGUCCCACCCGGGCGUGCCGGGCUCUGUCGGCCCCGGCGGCCGGACCGUGCCCGGGCCGCAUCACCGCUCUCUGGCCCUGUAUCACGCCGCCUUUGCCCUCACGCGGCUGCUGAACCUCCGAGAGCCCGGCUCCUUCGUGGACGGCCAGCUCGGCGAAGAGUCUUUUGCCAAGGCUCGCGCCCUGCUAGGCAACGUGCUGGACCGCACCACGUACACCAUCAGCGACAUUGCCACCCUGGCCCUCAUGGCGGUUUACUUCAUCGAGAACAACCGAAGGGACGCGGCGUACAUGGCCAUCAGAAAUGCCAUGGCCAUCAGCGUCAUGAACGGCAUCCACAAGGGAGUGGCCGUGAACGAGGUUAGCGUGAGGACCUUCUGGACCGUAUACGUCCUAGACAGGUGGCUCGAUUGUAUCAUGGGGCGGCCGCCUUCGACGCCUGACGAUGCGAUUACCCUUCCCCUGCCCCGCGAAUUCCCCGGACUCCCGUCCCCGAUCGGCCUGCGUGCCCAUGUGGAGCUCUGCAAGAUCUCGAACUACAUCGUGUACAGCAGCUACCGGGAGGCCGGGCUGCCGGACCUCCUGAACAGAGCCACCGUCCGAGUGGACAAGGUGCUGGAGAUGCUUCGGAAGUGGCACGAGAACCUGCCGCCGCCUCUUCGCCUCCCGGACCCCCUGACACUCUUGCCUGCCGACCUGUUCACGCAGGCGAGCGCGUUUGGGCGGCAUGACCCAGCAGUCCUGCUUAGCGGGGCGGCCGAGUUCGGGACGGACCGGGCCUGUUGGGCCCUGCACAUGAGCUUCUACCAGCUGGUGAUUCUCUCCGUCCGGCCCGCCAUGCUCAUGGCGGUCUGGAAAGCCGUUGCCAGCAUCCUCUGCUUGGACCAGCCAUUCGACAUCGAGAGCCACCCGUCCAUCACCCCAAUCCGCGCCUGCAGUGAUGCCGCACGAUGCAACCUCCGGCUCGGGCGGCUGAUGCGUCUCCAUAGCCCACGGAAGAAGCUGUUGCUACCGGAUCUGCACCACAUCUUCAACGCCGCCAUCGUCCUCAUGAUGCACCAAAUCGUCUUUGUGAAUCUCCGAACCCAAGAUCUCGAUGAUAUUGAGUUCGCAAGCGAGGUCUUCGAUGCCGAAGCUGAGACGGGCAGCGAAUACGGCAAGGACUGCGCCCGUGUCCUCCGGGACAUGAAGAGCCUCGCCCACCAGCUGCGGAGUCCGAUCCACGAUCCCGAGACCAAACGGCUUCUUCUGUCCGACAAGGGGCUCCUCCACGACUUAAUGUUGGACGAGACGAUGGCUGCCGACAUGAUGGCCGAUGUCGGGGGCAAACGGCCCGGCGGCGCCCCCGACGAGAGUGGUUCCUCGGCGCAGCAGGCGGGACACGGCGCGGCAUACCACAGGGCCGCGGCCAUGUACCAGACGCUCUCUUCCUGGUGGAAGGCUGAUUACAUGCAGUUUUACAAUACGUUUCUUUCCUAGCUACCCUCGCGGUUGGGCAAUCCGCUUCGGGACAGUGUCGCGCUGGGUAUGUGGGGUUAAGGGUAGAUACCACGGGGCAGGAA